AAAUGAGAAAAAUGUCAAAUACUCACAACAAUCCGACCUAACAGAUUUUUAUUUUCGAAGAACUACACAAAAUUAAAUUUUCUGUUUUAUUCAUCAUCUCAUUUCUUAUCUCCCGCAAAAAUGACUUGGCAUAUAGGCAGUAUAGCGGAAGCGGUUGAAGAAUCGAAAGCUAAAGAUGCCAUUUUUGUGGUUUACAUCGAUGGACAGGAUGAGAUGUCGGCCAAGUUGAGGAGAUUUGUGGAUGAUAGUCGGGUGCAAGAUAAGUUGAAUACUUCGCAUUUUGUGGCAAUUAAAAUACAGGGCAAUAGUCUGGACUAUGCACAGUUUAUUUCGGUUUAUAAAGUGGUUCCAGUUCCCUCGAUAUUUUUCAUUGGAAAGUCAGGAACUCCUUUGGGGGUAGCCACUGGUAUAGCCGCCAGUCCUGAAGAACUGAUGGCCAAAAUUGAUAGAGUCCUGCUAUUGGCCGGAAAGAAGCCACUUGAGGUUACCUUUGAAGAGCCGUCAACAUCGUCGUGUUUUAUAGUUGAGAACAAGUCUCGUACCAUAGCUGGAGCAGAUGAAGAAUCGGAACAACUUGCCAAACAAGAUGACCAAGGCAACAGAAAAGUUGAGAACAAUAACAGAGAGGAUGUUAAUGCAGAGGCUUCCGCAUCAAAUACACCCACACCCCAAAACGAUGUAGCAGAGAUACCUCGGCCCUCAGUGAUCGCUCAUCCUACACCCAAUGUCGAUGAACCACAGCAAUCUGCGAAUCAACCCACAGUUGUGCCUAAUCCAGAGAGACCUAUAGUCGAGCCGACUUUGGUUCUGACACCAAGACUCCAGCAGGAAGUUAAACCCAUAAACGUUUCUCGUAAUGAGAAUUCAGCAGCUCCUCCAUCUGUUUCAUUUCAACCAACUACAACUCCGGCUGUUUCCUUCCACCCAGCAACUACGACUGCGCCCAAUUUAAUGCCGACUGUUAUCCCACUGCUGCCUACAAUAUCGGCUGUACCUCAAGGUUCUCAGGGUCAAGCACGUGCACCAACCGAUUCCGAAAGGAGAGAGGCAGAGUUACAGCGCACUUUGGAAGAUAAUAGACUUCAGCGUUUGGCGGCUGAGCAGAGGCAGGCAAGGGAGAACGAAUUGCGAAUCCAUCGUGAAGCAAGGGCCGAACAGGUGAAAGACCAAGAGAUCAAGACAAUGCAGGAGCGUUUACGGCGUGAUCGCCAAGAAGAACAGGACACUCGUGAUCGUAUUCGUCAUCAAAUAGCCGCCGAUCGUACAGAGCUAAAUCGUCGGGUUGCUCUUAUGACCGCUGACAUGAAUAGCACAACAUCGGCGGCCACAACGCUGGGUGCAUCUUCGCUUAGUUCGAUCGAUGAGACACGGUUGCAGAUUCGUUUGCCAGGCGGCAUUCAUCGCACCAAGUCUUUUCCCGCUGGCGAAUUACUCUCGACGGUGAGAAUUUAUGUGCGCCAGGAGCUGCUGCCGGUCAGUAAUACAUACGAUUUCACAUUGGCCACAAGUUAUCCACACCGUGAAUUCCAGUACGAAGAUGAAAUGAAGACACUGUAUGAAUUAAAUCUGGUACCAAAUGCUGUGGUUUUGGUAUUGAAAAAGGAACAAGUCAAUCGUGUUGCUCGCACUGGUGGCUCCAUUAUGUCCAUGUUCGCCACUGUCCUCUGGGCCUUGCUAACACCGGCGGCCAAAGCCUUCGAUUAUAUCAAUAAGAUGGGGCUUCAACGUUUUGCUCAAAAAUUGAACAGCAUGUUGGCCAAAAUCGGUUGGAUCCGUCCUCUCCCACAGGCUGCUGGUGUCGGCGAUGUCGUUCUAGUUCCGGGUGAUGCUGCAAACGCUCGUCGAAACAUGGACAUGUUUGUCUUGCGUCCAAUGCCAACUCCUGGUCAUCAGCAGACGCCAACAUCUCCACCACCACCUGCUGCUCCCAAGACUCAAAAUACCGAAAUGCCUUCUCCAAAGGAGAAUGCUGCUGCUUCUGCUGCUCAGGUACAGGCCAAGAAGGAACAUACCAAUCAACAACCGCAACAAGCAUUGGCUUCUGCUCAGACUGCACCAAUUAUUAAGGCAUCUUCUUCGUAAAUGGAGCACAACAUUCCAGCAGCUUUCUGGCCACUCUCAGAAUAAAAAGAAAACCAAAUUCAGCAAUAAA